CGGUCUCCUGGCAACCAGAUGCAGGGGCCAUGGCACUCUUAACACCCCAUGGAGUGAAAGAAGUCUUCCAAUUUCAGGGACCACAAGGUCGGGAGCACCUACGGAGGCUUCUGAACUGGGAGGAAUUUGAUGAACAGAGAGACUCCCGGAGGAGCAUCGUACUGGACACCCUCUACGAGAGCAUCAUCUUUGCAGUGGGCAAAGGCUUCCCAUGGGUGGAGGUAACCCAAGUGGUCAAGUUCACAGAAGAGCUGCUAAGGGAAACCAAAGGCUACUCCAUUACUGAGGCUGUGAUGAUCCUGGGGAACAAGCUCAGAGACUACCAGGGCCAUUUCAACACCACCCACCUGCUGGCCCUCUGUGACUACUUCCACCACACCUUCAUCCACCACUACAAACUCUACCAGUAUGUCCUGGGCCAGGACCAGCAGGUCGACCUGACCGUUGCCCACCUGGAGGUGUGCAUGCCACCUCAGCCCCUCCCGCUGGCCGAGGGCAUGGACAGGGGCUUGUGGACCCACAAGCAGCAGGUGGCUGCCCUGACCAAGGCCGAGGCACAGAAGCGCGCUGACAUGCUGCUCCUGAAGGAGGCGCUGCUCCUGGAGCAGAAGAACUCGCUGCAGAAGGUGUUCACCUCCGCCAUGUCCGUGCAGCCCAGCCGGGUCCUGGAAAGACAGGAGCUGGAGAGCCUCGUCCACCAGGCCAUCCACAUUCAGAUGGAGCUCCUGCGGGAGCUGCUGCAGCGCCAGAUCCAGAACACUUUCGCCAUCUUGGACCUGAAGCUUCAGAAGAAGACUCUGAACCUCAAUGCCCCUGACCCUUUCCCACCCCCCAUCACCAGCCACACAGGCCAGGAGGAAGCGCUGAAGCCCCACAAAGCGAGUAAAGGAAAGAAAGCGAAGGCAAGGAAGUAGGAGGCCCCAACCGCCACCCGAGACUGACUGGGGACCAGCCAUACACAGCCGUGAGUUGUGCGGCAUGGUGAGCUCAGCACCCACAGAGACUUCUUGCGAUAAAAAGAAACAAACCCAUGC